ACAUAGUUGCUGUUGGAUUGAAGCAUGUAUAGAUAUAGCUGCGCAAUUCAGCUAGACAAAACCUUCACCGUCUUCUGUAAAAAAAAAUGUGGAACAACCUUCCGUUAGACAUCCUUGCCAAAAUCUUCUCCUUCCUCUCUACGGAAUCGUUGGCCCGGGCCAACUCGGCUUGCCGGCAUUGGCACAGGUGUGGCAGAGGUUACCUGCUGAGCACCGGAUCUGCGCUGACCUGGAAGCAUCCACCGUGGUUUGUGGCGGUGCCUAUUCGCAGCCUCAGUGCAUGUUGCUAUGUCCACAAUCCGAAUUCGGAUAAUUGGCAUGCCCUUCCCAUUGAUUUCUUGCCGGACCCAGUGAGGCUCAUUUCUCCUAUUGGUGGUGGUCUUAUCCUGUUAAGAUCCACAAAUACCACAGUCCACCAAUUAGCUCUGUGUAACCCUUUUACCAGGCAAUAUAAGCGAUUGCCAAAGUUGAACAUUUCGCGCACCAAUCCGGCCACAGGAAUAGUAAUGUUAGACCCGAGCCGAGGUGCUUCGGCCCCUGCUUUCAGGGUGUACGUUGCUGGAGGAAUGUCUGAUGCCCCACGCAGUUGUGGCACGUAUGAGUCCACGUUGGAAGCCUAUGAUUCAGUUCAUGAGAGGUGGCGGAUUAUCACGCUGAUGCCAGUGGAAUUUGCGGUGAGGCUGACGGUCUGGACUCCUAAUGAAAGUGUAUGCUGUGAUGGGGUGCUGUACUGGAUGACCUCUGCCAGGGCCUACAGCAUCAUGGGCUUCGAGAUCGGGACGAAUAAGUGGCAUGAACUAAGCGUACCGUUAGCAGAUCGGCUCGAAUUCGCAGCGCUGAUUCGCCAAAACGGGAGGCUGACGCUAGUUGGCGGCACAUGCGGCGGAGCAGUAUCCAUGUGGGAGCUCGGUGAAGGUGAGGUUUGGAGUUUGGUUGAGGAAACGCCAUGUGAAUUGGGGUUGAAAUUGUUAGGCAGGAAGGCGAAUUGGGGCAGUACAAAAUGUGUGGGUACCGAUGGGGUUAUCUGUUUGUAUAGAGAUCUUGGGUCAGGUAUGGUAGUUUGGAGGGAAAUGAAAGAUAAGGGAAGAUGGGAAUGGUUUUGGGUUGAAGGAUGUUGUUCUGUCAGAGGCAAAAAAGUGCAGAAUUUCCCAAUAAGAGCAGUGCUCCUUCAUCCGAAUCUUGCUCCAUCUCACUUCCCCGAUUAAUGUAGACUUGGCAAAGCAUUGAUCUUAAUGUCUAUGUCCUGGGGAAUUCUCUCAGCAAAAUUUUGUAUAAAAAUGUAAUCGCUGUUAAUCAGUAUCAAAGAUAUCGUCCUGCUUCCACCAUGACUCCUCAUUUCUGUUCUGCAGUAGUGAAAUCACUGAACGGGAAAAACUCAGGAUGUCGUUCAAGAUUAGAUGCAGGUUGUCUAGAAAACAGGAUCCCUGCAAUCAAACUAUGAUUAUAAAGAAUUGUCAAAGCAACUGUGCGGAUAUGACUCUAUAGUUGAUGGUGCAUGGAACAAAGCCUGGAGCAUUUUCUUACUGAAUGGAAAAUAAAUUCAAAACUGCAGCUGGAGCACCAUAGGCAAGGUUCUGGCGCCCUGUAAUAGCUACUUGCUAGCUCCUCUGGUGGCUCGCACCAAGGGUGGUGUGGCUGAGCCACGUCGUGUGACGGACAAUUCCAUGGUUCCACUCUAUCUUCCUAAGUCUCAAUGACGCAAAUUCUGAUUAUCAGAGAGGAGACGACUCAUUUUUUUGUUUCAGCUGAGAAGAUUAGUAAGAGGAAGGAUUAAGAAGGUCAUAUAGUGCUCAAAGAAGAUGUACAGAGGAUACUGCUGCCAAAACCCCGCAUGAUCUUAUUUUGGUGCAUGAUACCCUACUACAAGGGCUCACAUAGCAGACCCUUGUUUGUCAAAAUAUGAUUGGGGAUAUGAGUGAGAAGGGUAGAGUGGAUAGUCGAAGGGUGUCAAAAAUACCCAACCCGAACUAGUCAACCAUACAUUAUCAUCUGCAGGUUCUGCGAUGAUGGUUCUCACUUAUCAGAUCUAUCUCAGCAAAGCUGUAUACAGCAUCCUGAGGUGCACAUUCCGCCUUUCUCGAGGAAUUUCAAGAGUGCUUGCCCAACAAAGCUAUUCUUCCAUA